GGCGCGGUCGCCGGGACUUUCGUUGCGGGCUUCGCUGGGCGGUAUUUGGUUGCCAGAUUGGGGUCGAGAUGUCCUACAUCCCGGGCCAGCCGGUCACUGCCGUAGUGCAAAGAGUUGAAAUUCAUAAGCUGCGUCAAGGUGAGAAUUUAAUCCUGGGCUUCAGCAUCGGAGGUGGAAUUGACCAGGAUCCCUCCCAGAAUCCUUUCUCGGAAGAUAAGACAGAUAAGGGCAUUUACGUCACACGGGUAUCUGAGGGAGGCCCUGCUGAAAUUGCCGGGCUACAGAUUGGAGACAAGAUCAUGCAGGUGAACGGCUGGGACAUGACCAUGGUCACACACGACCAGGCCCGGAAGCGGCUCACCAAGCGCUCGGAGGAGGUGGUGCGCCUGCUGGUGACGCGGCAGUCGCUGCAGAAGGCCGUGCAGCAGUCCAUGCUGUCCUAGCAGCCCGCCAAGGUCCCGAUUCGUGCCUGCCGCCUCUUUGUACAGUGACACUACUUCCACAGUCUGCCCCUCGUCCUGGCUUCUGCUGAGUGCUGGGUCCCCACUCGGAAGGGCAAGAGCUGGUCCCAGAGGCCUGACCUGGCCUUCCUUCCCCUCUCCCACCAGAGCCCGAGGCUCUGGGACCAGCUCUCCCUCGGACACUGAGGACUGGAAACAAUGGCCUGAGUCUGUAGUGACCACAGGCUCAGCCCCCAGACCCUGCUGCCUGGUCUCAGCAAUGCCCAGGUGAGCAGGAAGCCCCACUUCCUGAGAGUGGCCACAAAACUGAACAAUGCCAGGUGCAGCCGGCCUUUCCCACACUGCCCUGGCUGCAGGGCUCGGCUCUGCCCUCGUCUCAUCUCCCAAGUGCCUGUGUCCCACAUUUUCCCCCGUUGCUCAGUAGGGAUACGACACUGCCACAGGCACCAUGAAGUGUGCCAGGAUGGAAGCCAGGCAGGCUCACAGCUCACCCAUCAACACCCUCACUCCUGAGGGGCGCUGGCCUUUCCAGGGUUCGUCUGCUUACGAGAUUUAGAUGAGGCUCGAGGCUGACAUUUCGGCAGUCCUCAGGAUUGCCAUUGUCCCCUACGCCUGUGGGUUUAACUUUUGUAUUUUUUUAAUCACAACUUUGAUACAAAGUGUUUUUAUCUUACUAUUUGGAGAUGCCAAUUCUACUUUUGAAUUUAGUUUACUAAUUCAAUCUGGGAACGACUCUUAGCAAGUCAGUAAACCUUAUUUUGGUAACUGUGGAGAUGGGGCAGUAUGAAGCCGCCCCACACCCAACAUCUUGUGCCCAAUAAAUAGUGCUGGAAUUCUCAGGGGGGUCUUUGCUGAGGUGUUGGGCUGGGGGACUUGGGGUGGAUUAUGGGGAGAGCUUCGUAAGGAUGGCUGACCUGGCCCCAGCUGCUCUGGGAUGAAGCCCCACUAUUCUUAGGACCACCUGACAUGUGCUUGGACGGGUCACGCCUAUGGGAAUGUGUGGAAGCACCUUCAUUGGAAGUGGGGAAGGGAAUCCCCAACUUCACUUGUGAACCUGAUUUCAGUUCUCACCCAGGAGCAGCCUCAUGGACACCAAGGAGCUCAUGGGAAAAACACCCACGCCUUUAGACUCUUUUAAUUCCUCGCCUAAGGAUAUUUUUCUUAUUAUCAGAUAGAGUGGGAGGAAGGGGGAGAGAGACAGAAA